UGCUGCGAUCUUGCAGGCUGAUAAGCGACGGACGGGAGACGCAGCCUGCGAACGAGCGCAUCUUUCCUUCCAAAAACUUCUCCGGCGCGCAAAGCAACGGGGGGAGACAUGGAGAGGAGGACAAAUAAGUCUUUUUUGAGUGCUGGUCCGCCGACAGCCGAUGAGGAACUCGUCAUCACCUCCACUUUCGGGACCCUCCUGUCCGUCGUGUACAUCGUCGGGGUGUCCGGGAACGUGUACACGUUGGUGGUGAUGUGUCACUCCAUCCGCUUCGCGACCUCCAUGUACAUCUCCAUCAUCAACCUCGCUCUUGCUGACCUGCUCUACCUGUCCACCAUCCCUUUCGUGGUGUCCACCUACUUCCUAAAGGACUGGUACUUUGGCGACGUGGGCUGCCGCGUCCUGCUCAGCCUCGAUCUCUUCACCAUGCACGCGAGCAUCUUUACGCUGACGGUCAUGUGCUCCGAGCGCUACCUGGCCGUCACCAAGCCACUGGACACGGUGCGCCGCUCCAAGAGUUACCGCAAAGCUCUGGCGUGGGGCGUGUGGCUCCUCUCCUUGCUCCUCACCGUGCCCAUGAUGGUCAUGGUUGCCGAGACGAGCGCUAAAUCGCCGGACGGCAAAGUGAAACGAAUGUGCGCGCCCACAUGGGCGCCGCUCGCCUACAAAGUCUACGUGACGGUUCUGUUCGGGACCAGCAUCAUGGCGCCGGGUCUCAUUAUCGGUUACCUGUACGUCAAGCUGGCGCGCACCUAUUUGGAAGCCCAGCGCAAGUCGUCGGUGAUCAGCAAAGGCGCAAAGCGCACGCCGAAACAAAAGGUGCUUCUUAUGAUCUUCACCAUCGUGUUGUUGUUCUGGGCGUGUUUUCUGCCCUUUUGGAUCUGGCAGCUGCUGCCUCUCUACCACGGCAAGCCGCUGAGCCUGGCCUCGAGGACGCAUACCUGGAUCAACUACCUGGUGGCCAGCCUCACCUACAGCAACAGCUGUAUUAACCCUUUCCUCUACACGCUCCUCACCAAGAAUUACAGGGAGUACCUGAAGAACAGACACAAGAGCUUCUACAGGUACACCUCAUCGUUUAAGCAGCGGCCACCCAGCCUGUAUUCUUGGGGUCGACCAGCAUCCUCCAGUAAUCACUUGGAGUUUACGUCAGAGACGUUUGUCAUGGGGACGUUCAAGUGAUGUGGGAACCACUCGGAAGUCAAGUGGAGGGAAGGGAAGGGAAGGGUGGCGGCUUUUGAAGAAGCACAAGAGGGCUCGACUGAAAGGGAGGACUGUGAUGUCCAUCCCGUCGCCCGUGGCUGCCUCAGGGCAACGCAGGGUCGGCGAUGGCUUGUGUAGGGUCGCACGUAAAGGACACCGUGAUGGCGUAUCGGGUACCCCAAGUCACCUU